AUGGUGUUUUGUGUCAUCCAGCUCUCUGAUUGGCUGCCACUGUGAGAAAGUGCAGCCAGAGCCAGAGGCACACAUUCAUAUGGAGAUGUAGGACUAUAAAUAGGAGGCAUGAAGCCAGUAGAGAUCACAUUGUGGACAGCACACACAUCCAGCCAUGGCACCUACAAUCUCUACAAACUCUCAGCAACAUGUGACACUCACACACAAGCUCAGAAAGCCUCUGGUGGAGAAGUUACGCCGAGAGAGAAUCAACAGCAGCAUCGAGCAGCUCAAGUGUCUCUUGCCUCCAGAGUUCCUCACUCAGCAGCAGCAGCAGGACUCCAAGCUGGAGAAAGCAGACAUCUUGGAGAUGACCGUUUGCUUUCUCACACAGCUACAACAGCAGAGAGGAAGAUUGCUAAAGCGUUUCCAGAAGAGUCAGUCUUCCUGUGAGGAGAAGCUGGGAGAGGAGGACUUCUCUCCUCUGAGCUCUCCAUUACACAGCAGCAUCAGCAAGCAGGAGAGCUGGGCCCACAGCGCCCUCUGGAGGCCAUGGUAGACAUGGACAGACUGAAAUGACCAUGCUGGUCAGAUGUUAUGAUUCUAUAAUUAUUCUUUUGGAGUGUUUUUAAUUCUUUCACUAUGAAAGCAUCGUCUAUUUUCUUUAUAGGAAAGCAAGGAGCACUACUGAAUGAU